ACUAGAGAAUGUACUUGUAGGCAAUGGCAGAUCCGUGGGAAGCCAUGCAUACAUGCCCUACAUCUGAUGACCGUUAUCGGGGGUGCAGAUGGUGAAGUUGAUCAAUAUUGCUCUGAGUAUUUCUCUGUUGCCAAAUUUAUGGCUGCUUAUGCUGACAAUGUGCCUGGACUAUUGGGGAAAGAUCAAUGGAACAUAGUAGAUCCAGGGUUCAAACUCCACGCUCCUGUCAUUACUAGACCACCAGGAAGACCAAGGAACCAGAGGAUUAGAGCAGGUGAGGAGGGUCGUCUACCAAAGAAGCGUGCUUGCAAAAAAUGUGGAGUUCUGGGGCAUAUUGCUAGGCUUUGUACCAAUGCAGUGGAUGCAUCAUUUGGAGAGGAGGAAAGAUGGACAACAGCCAAUGCUGAGGAGAAUGCAGCAGCAAUGGAGACUGAAGAUGCAGUGGAGAAUGCAGCAGCAAAUGAAGCAGUGGAGAAUGCAACAGCAAAUGAAGCAUCUUGCUCUAGGGAGAAAAGGCCAAGAGAUGAAGAAGCAGAAGAUUUUGAAACCAUGGCCUUUGAUGGUUUUGAAGCUAUAAGAGAGGAUGAGGAGGGGGUAAUUUUUCCAAUUCUGCCUUUAAAGAUUACUGAACCCAUAGAUGACCGUCAAAUGGUCGUCAAGUGCUCGGCGAGUGGAACUACUCCAUCAGCACCUCCACGGGGAAACCCCCAAGUAAAGCCUAAGAUCAAAAGGAACAAGAGUCUGAAAGAAAAGAGCAUCUCAACUUGGGAAACCAGGAGCAAGACGGUGAAGCCAGCUGCAAACACAAGGAGCAAGUCGAAAAUUUGA